UCUUAACAAAUUCUGGAAAUAACAGCAGUCUCAGAAUCUUCUCUGUACAGAACAAUUAUGUGUUAAGCGGUACAAAAUGAUCACCGCCGCGUUGUUGCUGUUAAUUGCGGUCGCGAAGGAGCAGAGUGAAAACGUUCAAGAUCAGCCACCGAAACCUCAAAUAUUAAGCAACCGAAGGAACAAAGAAUAUUUGUCAUGUGAAUCGAUCAUUUUAACUUGUUCGAUAACUGGUCCUGUGCAUUCCAAUGGGACCUUCCAUUUGUACAAAAACCGACAACAAGUAAAGGAAGAGCAAUCACAGCAAGGCAGAGCGACGUUCACCCUCUGGGAUGGAGGUGAUACAUCCAGCGAUUACAAUUGUGUUUACACGUGCACGGAGUCCGGUAGAAGAAUAUCCUCAACUGAAAGCGACACAAUAAAGAUAACAGUCGUGGAUCGGCCACCGAAGCCUCAAAUAUUAAUUUACCCAAGGAACAAAGUGUAUCUAACAGGUGAAUUGGUCAUUUUAACCUGUUGGAUAACUUACCCGGUACAUUCCGAUGGCAUCUUCUAUCUGUACAAAAACCGACAACCAGUAAAGGAAGAGCAAUCACAGCAAGGCAAAGCGAGGUUCACCCUCUCGAAUGGAGUUGCUGCAUUCAGCGAAUACAAUUGUGUUUACACGUGCACGGCGUCCGGUAGAAGAAUAACCUCAACAGAAAGCGACACAAUGAAGAUAACAGUUGUGGCUCAGCCACCGAAACCUCAAAUAUCAAGUGAUCGAGGAGACAAGGUCUAUCUGACAGAAGAAUCGGUCAUUUUAACAUGUCAGAUAACUGAUCCGGUACAUUGCGAUGGCACCUUUCACCUAUACAACAACCAACAAUAUGUAAAGAAAGAACCAUCACAGCAAGGCAGCGCGACGUUCACCAUCGCGACUGGAGGUGAUGCAUCGAGCCAAUACAGUUGUAUUUACUGGUGCACGAUGUCCGGUAGAAACAUAUCCUCAAGAGAAAGCGACAGAAUAAAGUUAACAGUGGUGGAAAAGUCGAUUCAGCCGUGGAUUCCAGCUUUAUCUGUUGUGACCCUUCUGUUGAUGCUUGGAGUAUUCGGUGUUUACUGCUGGAAAAAAAGUUGUUUUACUUUCAAUCUCGUUCUCACCUUCGGGGCCAUGUUUGUAUUCUUCUGA